AUGAUGAAGGCGGGUCGAAGGUUCUCCUCUUUCUUGAAUAUGGUGAGGCCCUUGCUGCUGCGCCGCGUCGCUGCUCCGCCGUUCAAAUAUGCACUCUCUCGUGGUCAUGAACCCUUUGAAAACCCCGUUGAGUUCCAUCCCCUUCUCGUUGCUCUUAGUAGGUCCUUCUCUUCCCCAUCCAAACCUACAUCGCCUCCUCUGCCUCCUCUUGCCCUUCUUCGCGGAGGAUGCUACGACGAGACUUCGCAUGAUCUUCCCCUCCUCCCACUUUGCCCCGGUUGCGGCGUCCACAUGCAGGACUCUGAUCCCGAUCUGCCCGGAUUCUUCUCCAAUCCUUCCCUGAAAUCCUCCGACUACCAUGCUUCCGUACGGCGAAUCUCGGUGGCGGUGGACGAGCCCCAAAUCUCCUACUCCCUCAAGAGUGGACGGUUGUAUGACGAGGCGGACAAGGAACGGCAGGAUUCGUUCGAGAACAGCCGCGACUCUACGCCUGUGGUGUGCGCCCGCUGCCACUCCCUCCGCCACUACGGCCGGGUGAAGAACGCCGCUGCGGAGAACCUCCUCCCCGACUUCGAUUUCGAUCGCAUGGUGGGGCCAAAGCUCGUCUCUGCUGCCGGCAGCCGGUCGAUCAUCCUGAUGGUCGUUGAUGCCGUGGACUUCGAUGGAUCGUUCCCGCGUAAGGUAGCGAAGCUAAUUUCGGCUUCGAUUGAGGAAAAUGCUUCGGCGUGGAAAGAGGGGAAGCCUGGGAAUGUGCCCCGAGUUCUGCUGGUUGUGACCAAGAUCGACCUGCUUCCUGCGUCCUUGUCGCCUACGGGUUUGGAGUACUGGGUCCGGCAGCGGGCUCAUGCCGGUGGAGCAAACAAGAUCACCGGAGUCCAUCUGGUUAGCUCUUUCAAAGACUGGGGAAUCAAGAAUCUUGUGGACCAUGUGAGACAGUUGGUCGGAUCGAGGGGGAACGUGUGGGCUGUUGGAGCGCAGAAUGCAGGGAAGUCGACUUUGAUAAAUGCUAUUGGGAGGUGCGCUGGGGGGAAGGUGAGCCAUUUGACAGAAGCUCCGGUUCCUGGAACUACCCUAGGGAUUGUUAGAGUGGAGGGAAUUCUGUCUGGGCAGGCGAAGCUGUUUGACACCCCAGGAAUUCUGCAUCCUUACCAGAUAUCAAUGAGGUUGAUGGCAGAGGAACAAAAGCUGUUGCAUAUAAGCAAAGAAUUAAGACCGAGGACCUACAGGAUCAAGGUUAGUAUCUGAAGUUGGGAACCUGGCUUCUGCUUGUUGCUGAAAACUUGAGACCGUUUGGUUUAAUUCUCCAUCCAUUAUCCAUACUUCUUAUGAUUGUGAUGAUCUACUUUAUGUUAUGUUAGGAUUCGUAGGUAUCCCUUUGCUAAUUAGCCAAUAGUGGUCAUACACACAUAGUCGAAAUGCUAAUGACCUGGUUGAAAAAAAUCCAGUGAAGUUCGGAUCCCUGGGUUAUUGUGAGUAUGGAAAAAUUCUAAAGGUAUUCCUCUCCUUCCUAAUUGUUGGAUGUUUAAGGCGGCCUUUUAUGGUGGAUGCUAGAAUACAAUAGAUUAAUUGUAGUCACUUGCAUGCUCCCCUACUUCAGGAAAGUGGUAUACUUACGAUGAUAUUUCUGAGUGAUUUUCAGUAUUUUGUAUAACGUGGUUGGUAAUUUUCAUUUAGAACCGAAUUUAGCCAUGCUAGGGGCGUACCAGAGAUGGAAAUGACCCCUUUUCCUGAUUUCCAUUCACAUGUGUUUGGGAGCAGCGGCAGGGAGCUUGUACACAACACUCUCUAGCUCCCUCAUGCUCGACUCUGACUCUGCCUUUAAUGCUGUCCUAAUUUCCACAUCACCUGUACCAUUAGCAAUGGCCACCUCUCCUACGCUGAGACUGUGCUUCCUGGUGCCCUAGAAACCAUGGGAUACAGCAUCCCAAAGUUCUACUUCGCUAGCAAGACCACCACUCGUCAGAAUAGUGUCACUUAUGUGUUAAACAACCUUCUCAGGAUCUGCCUUCACUCCUAAAGCAUCUUCCCCUUCUUGGGUAGGUGUACCAGCCAAUACCAGCCUAACUCGCCUGAAGCCAAAAGGAUUCGAUCAAGUCUCUGUGCACUACUCACAAUGCUUGUCCCUUGUAAUGGAUCCUCGCGAGUCCCUUGAGUCAGUUUUGGCAGGUGGUCUUCCCUUAUCUUCCCUAACUGAUCGAAUAAAUCAAUCGAUGAGCUAGCGGCCAAAACAUGGGCAUUCUUUCUCGCAGUUUAUCAUAGUGUUCGGAAGUUUCCUUGAAAUCACUGAAUUGGGUCAAAUGUCAUCUCAUAGUAUGAAACAUUUUUACACUUUUGAGUGAUAUGGUACGUGGUUAUGUAAGGAGACAAUUAGGGCACUGACUAGAAUACCAGAUACUCUAAUUCCCCAGAACCUCCUUUCCUCGUUCACUGAGCUACAUGCUGUGGGAUGCGUUUCUGAAGGUUGUGAAAAAGAGCUAAUCAAUUUUAGUGCUUUUUUGUAAUUUUUUUAUUGUUAUUCAGUUUUCACCGACUGGUUCAGAUACAGAAUAGUCGGUAAAGUCUGAAAGAGUCAUCAAAUUGUUGCUUCUUUUUUUAUGAAAAGGCAACGUUAGCCAUAGAUUCAGUAGGGGUCUAGAUUUAAAGUGGCUUUUGAAGGGAUCCAGAUUCAGUAAUCUGCAUACAAUCAUGAAAAAGGCUGGGAGAGCAACCGAUCCCUCAGAACAAAAAUUAAAAAGGGGGGGCAUAUGACUCUUUGCCGUUUCAGUCUAUUUUCUGCUUUAAAUGGAGAUUAAAGAAAUGAUUAGAUGUACGAGCAGGAGAUAGCUCCUUUAGAAGCUAUUGGCGUGAUGAAAGCAUCGCAUAAAAUUGGGGUAAAGCCUGUUUAAACCUGUCUGGAUGUCAGAUUCGGCUAUGCAUGAUAUGAGAUACGAUAUUCUAAGCCUGUUAAGUGUUCUAUGCUGAAACCAUUAGGGUUUUGUCAGUCUUUCUGAUUAAGAUUUUUACUUCUUAUAUUUUCUUAAUUGAACAUGAAAUUUGGAAUAUAUAUUUCCUUAUCUUCAUAAACUUGUAGUUUCUUCUGAUUUGUGCACAUUCAUGCGAUGACAGGCUGGUCAUUCAGUUCAUAUUGCUGGACUAAUGAGGUUGGACGUGGAGGAAAUAUCAGUAGAUACCAUUUACGUUACGGUAUGGGCAUCGCCCCUUCUUCCUCUCCAUAUGGGAAAGAUGGACAGUGCGUGCUCAAUGUUAGAAAAACAUUUUGGACGCCAAUUACAGGUGCAGUGAUGAUAAAUAUAUAUUUCCGUCAAUUACAAGUAUCCACCUGCAUUAAUUUCUCCGAACUACUGUUCAUUUUAUCAUCAAUGCAGCCACCCAUUGGCGAAGAUCGCGUUGGUCAUCUUGGGAAAUGGGCGAGAAGGGAAUUCCGCGUCAGUGGUAACAGUUGGGAUGUGAGUUCUGUUGAUAUAGCUGCUGCUGGUCUUGGCUGGUUUGCCAUUGGACUGAAGGGGGAGGCUGUUCUGGGUGCAUGGACUUACGAAGGAGUGGACGUGGUACUGAGGAGUUCACUGAUCCCUGCUAGAGCCAAAAUAUUUGAAGUCACUGGUUUCACAGUUUCAAAAAUCGUCUCAGAAGCCGAUAGCGCAGCAGACAAGCUAAAACGCAAGAGAAAGGGGAAGAAACUGGCUGAUAUCAGUGUCAACAGCAACGCUGAGUCCUUAAUGACCACCAAUGCAGGUGACAGAUCAUGA